CGGAGGUGGGGGUAAGGGGUGUCCUAUAGAUGGCCAAAGAAAAGUUUACUUGGCACCGAUCCCUCUCUUGCGUAGACGCAGCGCGCAUAGGCAACAUUUCUUUGGAAUGUAUUGUAAAUAGUAGGCCUACGCGUUCACAGGGGACAGUUUCAUGCACGCGUAGCAAUGCGAUGAGGCCAGUGCACUUUGCAAGAGUAGUGGUGCAGAGUGCCUUCGCAGAUCUUACGACCUGCUGCUGCUGACAAGCCGGGGAAAGGAGGAGGAGAACCGCUUCAGAAGGUACUUCUGCGGAGCGAGAGCCGGGGCUUUCUUCGCUUAGGAAAUCAUGCAGUUUGCAAUCUGGCUGGUUGGACUAAUGUGUCAACUAUCAGCACUCGUCCGGAAUUCUCGAACGUACCAGUUGCAUCCUAAGCAAGAAAGUUUCAUCAAACAGCUGUCAUCUUAUGAAAUAGUCACCCCACUCCGCGUGAACGAUUUUGGAGAGUCUUUCCCUCACAAACUGCACUACAAACGGAAGCGCAGAAGUGCCGACGAGGACUUGAGUUUGAGGGCUCAUUAUAGAAUAGACGCCUUUGGACAGCAGUUCCAUCUCAACCUAUCGGCCGAUUCGGGAUUUAUUGCUCCCUCGUACACAGUGACACAUUUGGGAUUGGAGCACAGCAAUGACACCAGCGCGGAUCUCAGUGACGAUAUGCGCCACUGCUUCUUCAAAGGACAUGUCAACUCCAAAACGGAAUUCCAAGCAGUCUUCAGUCUAUGCACUGGCCUUAUUGGAACGUUUAUGACCCACCAUGGGGAGUACUUCUUAGAGCCUCUGAUGCAAGCAGAUGGAGAGGGGCACGAGGAGGAGCACAAUAAGCCCCAUCUAGUGUACAGGCACGACAGGACCAAGAAGAGCGCAUCGUCAUCGUCAUCGUCAUCGGGAGCCAACCCUGACCCCAAACCCUGCGCAGCCUCAGAAGACCACCGCAGUCAUCACAUAUCCCUGCAGGGUGACCGGAGCAUGGGGCAGGAGGUGAACUCCUUACGGGAAACAGUGUCUCUCCAUCAGGCCCCCUCCUCCUCCUCCUCUUCCUCCUCCUCCAACUCCUCUUCCUCCUCCUUCUCCUCCUCCUCAUUACACACCAAUGGAAGUCAAGCGCUCCCCCACUCCCGGCAGAAGCGCUUCCUGUCCUACCCGCGCUUUGUGGAGCUGAUGGUGACGGCGGAUGUGAAAAUGGUGCGUCACCACGGCCGGAACCUGGAGCACUACAUCCUAACAAUCAUGUCAGUAGUGGCCGCCAUCUACCGGGAGCCCAGCGUGGGGAACCUCAUCAACAUCCUGGUGGUCAAGCUCAUCGUGCUGCACAGCGAACAUGAGGGUCCGUCCAUCAACUUCAACGCGGCCAACACCCUGCACGCCUUCUGCGUGUGGCAGCAGGGACAGAAUGUGCCGGAUGACAACCACCCGUCACACCACGACACCGCGCUGCUCAUAACCCGGGAGGACAUAUGCCGAGCCAAGGACAAGUGUGAUACACUGGGGCUGGCUGAGCUGGGCACCAUGUGUGACCCGUAUCGGAGCUGCUCCAUCAGUGAGGAGAACGGCCUCAGUGCCUCCUUCACCAUCGCGCACGAGCUGGGCCAUGUCUUCAACAUGCCCCACGACGACUACCCAAAAUGCAUGGAGUCCGGCAUGAAGAGCCAGUACCACGUCAUGGCACCCGUGCUGAACUACGACACCAGCCCCUGGACCUGGUCCAAGUGCAGCCGAAAAUACAUCACUGAGUUCCUGGACACUGGAUACGGGGAGUGUCUGCUGGACGAGCCUGUUGGCAGGACGUACAACCUCCCCACCCAGCUCCCGGGCCAGCUCUACGAUGCCAACCGGCAGUGUGAACUCAUGUUUGGCCCCGGAUCUAGAGUUUGCCCCUUCAUGAAACCAUGCAAGCGGUUGUGGUGCACAAGUGCCGAGGGGGACCAUAAAGGAUGCCGAACACAACACAUGCCCCUGGCUGAUGGCACUGAAUGUGGACAUGGAAUGCACUGCAGACAUGGGAUGUGUGUGAAUCGUGAGCUGGACAUCAGGCCCAUUGACGGGGAAUGGGGCCCCUGGGGGCCGUACAGCGUGUGUUCCAGGACCUGUGGAGGGGGCACCAAGAGCACGGCCAGAGACUGCAACAGCCCAGAGCCCCGGAACGGCGGGAAGUUUUGCGUUGGGAGGCGGAUGAAGUUCCGCUCAUGCAACACGGAACCGUGUCCGCGUGGUCGGAAGGACUUCCGCGAGGAGCAGUGCUCCCACUUCGACGGCCGACACUUCAACAUGAACGGCCUGCCUCCCACCGUCCGCUGGCUCCCCAAGUACAGUGGCAUUCUAAUGAAGGAUCGUUGCAAGCUGUUUUGCCGUGUGGCGGGGUCGACAGCAUAUUAUCAGCUGAAAGACAGAGUCAUUGAUGGGACACCUUGUGGGCCCGAAACCUACGACAUCUGCGUCCAAGGACUCUGCCGGCAAGCUGGAUGUGACCAUAUCCUCAACUCAAAGGCUAGGCGCGAUAAGUGUGGCGUGUGUGGAGGGGACAACUCCUCCUGCAAAACUCUGGCCGGCACUUUCAACAACGCUCAGUAUGGUUAUAAUGUGGUGGUGCGCAUUCCUGCCGGGGCGACCAACAUCGACAUAAAGCAGGUCAGCUUCUCGGGGACGCCGGAAGACAACAACUACCUCGCGCUCUCGGACACGUCCAAAUUCAUCCUGAACGGGAACUUUGUGGUGGCCAUGUUCAAGAAGGAGGUGUCCUUCAAGGGCACGGCUAUCGAGUACAGCGGCUCCAACACCACGGUGGAGCGCAUCAACUGCACUGAGCGCAUUGAGGAGGAGCUGAUCUUGCAGGUGCUGUGUGUGGGGGACCUGUACAACCCUGAUGUGCGCUACUCCUUCAACAUCCCCAUCGAGGAGCAUCGCGAAGUCUUUGUCUGGGACCCCUCCGGAUCCUGGCAGGAGUGCAACGCCAUGUGUCAAGGUGAACGGAGAAGGAAAGCGGUGUGUGUACGGAAGAGCGAUCGCCUCGUAGUAUCGGAACAACGCUGUGAACAUCUGUCCAGGCCAGGCAGCUUAACUGAGCCCUGCAAUACACACUGUGAACUCAGGUGGCACGUGGCUGGGAGGAGUGAAUGCUCCACCAAGUGCGGGCCGGGCUACCGUACGCUGGACGUGCAGUGCAUGCGCUACAGCCUGGCCAAGAGGCAGAGCGACCGCGUGGAGAGCCGGGCCUGCUCCGACCUCCCCAAGCCCCAGACCCGGGAGACCUGCCACGGGGACUGCCUGCUCAAGAGCUGGCAGUACAGCGCCUGGUCCGCGUGCUCCAAGAGCUGUGGGCGGGGCGCGCGGUCGCGAGAGGCCUACUGCAUGAACAACCUGGGCCGCAGGCUGGUGGACCGCGACUGCAGCGAGCACCAGCGCAUGGUGACCGAGACCUGCAAUGACAUGCCCUGCCCUGGGUGGGGCACCACUGAGUGGAGCGAGUGCAUGGUGACGUGUGGUAAGGGCCACAGGCAUCGGCAGGUGUACUGCGUCCUGCGGGAGGAGAAGCUGAGCGAGCAGCACUGUGACACCGCUGCUAAGCCCUCCCCCAUCGGCAGCUGCGAGAGGCCCGAAUGUGCCUCCUGGCAAGUGGGAGUCUGGAGCGCCUGUGGCGUGACAUGUGGCCAUGGUUACCAGAUGAGGGCGGUGCGCUGUGUGUCCGGCCCGUAUGGCAGCACUGUGGACGACCGCGAGUGCAACGCAGCUGCACGGCCGAGAGACAAUCAGGAGUGUGAGUUGCCAUCGUGUCCUCGGUCGGCCCCAGUCCUCAGCACCGCACGGCCUGCAGCCCCUGGCCAGUUCCUCACGCAGUGGAGAUACGGCUCAUGGGCCACGUGCUCGGUGUCGUGUGGGAAAGGCAAGCGUGCCCGCUAUGUGAGCUGCAGGGAUUCCCAGGGGGGUGUGGCUGAUGAGUCGUACUGCGCCCACCUGCCCCGCCCCCCAGAGACCUCCCCCUGCUUCAGCCCCUGUGGAGAGUGGAGGGCCGGAGAGUGGUCAGCGUGCUCGGCGUCGUGCGGGGUGGGCCACUCCACGCGACAGGUGGUGUGCAGCAACUACCACCAGCAGGUGGACGAGUCCUUCUGCCACCCGGACGAGAGGCCCAGCACGGAGCAGGAGUGCGCCGCCACCCCCUGCCCCUCCGUCUACCACCCGCGCUCCAACAACCCCCCUUACUCGCCCCACGACCCCAACUACCACCCCGGCCACAGCACCUGGAACGUGCCCUCCGCCGCCAACCAGUGGAGGACCGGACCAUGGGGAGCGUGCUCCAGCACGUGUGAGGGUGGGUUCCAGCGGCGGGUGGUGGUGUGCCAGGACGCGGAGGGGCGCAGCACCAACUACUGUGACGAGCGGGUGAAGCCGGACGAGGCCAAGAGGUGCGACUCAGGACCCUGCCCGCUCUGGAACUACGGCAUCUGGGGCGAGUGCACGCAGACGUGCGGAGGCGGCACGCGUACGCGCCUGGUGGUGUGCCAGCGGCCUAGCGGGCAGCGGUUGAACGACCACAACUGCGACGUGCUGGACAAGCCGCCCGACGUGGAGCCCUGCAACCUGCACCCCUGUCCCGGCAGCGCUUCCUGGCACAGGCGACCGUGGAAGCCGUGUUCUGUGACCUGCGGCAGGGGGACCAAGCAGAGAGAGGUUUUCUGUAUGCAGCAGCAGAACCUCACCCAAGUGGAGGACGAGCAGUGCACUCAUCUGACAAGGCCCAGGACACAGAAGACUUGCAGGGCUGGGACAUGCCCCAGCUGGAAAGCCAACAGGUGGAAUGAGUGUUCUGUCACUUGCGGAAUCGGAGCGCAGAGCAGAGAGGUGUACUGCCGCCUCAAGGGCUCCGGCCGGGUCUCUGAGGAGUUGUGUGAUGCCCGCGUGAGACCCGCCACCACCCAGCCCUGCCUGGCACCAGACUGCCACCACUACAUGUGGGCCGCCGAGGAGUGGCACAGUUGCAAUGUGACGUGUGGUGAGGGGGUGAGCAGCAGGAACGUCCUGUGUGUGGACACCAGGAUGAACGCCGUCCCCAGCAACAUGUGUGACCCCGUCACCAUGCCCCACUUACACCAGCCCUGCCACCAGCCCAGCUGCCAGUUCAUGUGGAUGACUGGAGCGUGGACUCAGUGCUCGGUCAGCUGUGGCAUAGGGUAUCAGGAGAGGAUGGUGUCCUGUUCCGCGGUGCGCUCCCCGGCCAAUCCCCACCCCUACACUGCCCAGGCCCUCUCUGCCUUCUCCUACGCCCUGUGCCCGAGCCCCCGCCCGCUGGACAUGCAGCAGUGCCACCUCGCAGAGUGCCCGUCCGCCAGCUCCUGGAAAGUUGGCCCAUGGAGCAAGUGUUCUCAGACGUGUGGUGCAGGCGUGAUGGAGAGGCGAGUGGAAUGCCUGACCUCUAAGCACCUCCCCUCCAAAGCCUGCCACCUAGCAGAGAGGCCCGAGGCCAGAGCAGCCUGCCGCCUCACAGAAUGUGAGGUGUUCUCCACCUGCAGAGAGGUGCAGAUGAGGGAGGGGAGACGAGAAGAUGGAGAACACUUCCUCAAGGUCAAAUCCAGGAUCAUGCAGAUCUACUGCGCUGAAAUGCAUACUGGUUUCCCCAAGGAGUACGUCACCCUGCGCAGCACCCAGACAGAUAACUUCUCGGAGGUUUACGCCUACAGGCUCCAGAACCCGUUUGAGUGUCCGUUCAACGGCAGCAGGAGGCAGGACUGCCAGUGUCGCAACGACUACGCAGCAGCCGGGUACACCCUCUUCAGCCGGGUACGCCUGGACAUCAGCUCCAUGAGGAUCAUCACCACAGACCUGCAGUUCAGCCAGACGGUGCUGGGUAGGCCGGUACCCUUCGCCACGGCGGGGGAUUGCUACAGCGCAGCCAAAUGUCCUCAGGGCCAGUUUAGUAUCAACCUCUCUGGAACCGGACUGAAGGUUGCCGAGACAACCAAAUGGGUAUCCCAGGGCAACUAUGUCACAGUGAAGGUGCACAGGUCCGAGGAUGGCACCAGAAUCUACGGCCGCUGUGGUGGCUUCUGUGGGAAGUGCAUCCCCCACCCACACUCUGGCCUCCUCGUCCAAGUCCAGUGAGGGUUCAAAGUGUACAUCGAUGCCUGUACCACUCCCAUGUACGUCCAGACCAGAGGUGUCUGAAACGAAGACACCACCACUCCUCAAGGUUCUCUAGAGGUUCGGAGGACCUAGCUUAGUCCAACUGACAGACUUGAAAGACACCGCCCCCCCAAACCCCACCAUCCCCCACGUCACCGUCCUUUCUCCUCCCAUCCACUUCCUCUCCUCCUCCGCCUUCCACUCCUCCCGGCAGCUGUGGUACUGUGAGAAGCCUGGGGACCCGUGAGUCACGAUAGCUAUGCCUGCCUCCUGUCCUGCCUCCCCCAUCCCAUCCUCCCCCUCAUCUCCUCAAGCAUCUCCGGUGCACUCUGAAGACGGGCCAACUUCCCCCUCCUUCGCCCACCGUCCGUCUAAUGUGUCUAAUGGCUACCAAAUGCAUCUGUGUGUGUGUGUCAGAGAGUUAUGAGAAGCAGGCCAGGCCAGCCAGUGCUGAAUGACAGCAAUCUCCCUCCCUGUGUCUCCACCACCCGCCACCCACCACCCAGCCUCUCUGGUUUCACCUGUUGGGCUGUGUGAACGUGUCCUCGUGUGGAAGUGGCGGGUUGGAGUGCUGGUGGAUCACGACUCGGUACUGUAUCUUAAAAGUGUCCCGCGCCACGUUAAGACGUCUGAUUUCUUGCCUUCUUCGGUUUCUGUUGGUGACGCGAUGGGGAUACCAGAUACUAGAGAGAGACCUUUUGUAGCAGUUUUUCCUAUUAAAAAAAUAGACACCAAACCAAGUACAGAAUGUCUUCAGAACUGGAGUAUACAUAGUACCCACCAUAGGGUUCCAUAUUUUGAAUGGGGAAGUCAUCAUCAGUGUCAUAUGGGCGCAUUUCCUGAGGCAGUACCAAUGGAAUAGCAGCUUAAGUCAAAUAUACUGUAAUGGGAAUUAUAACAAACCCCCUGCUAGGGAUAUUUGGUAAAAGCCUGUCCUUUGUGUGGGGCACUGACUCUUUCACGGUGUCUGUGAAAGCUCGUCUCUGUCUCUUUACCUGCUGACGAUAUUGGUCAGAUUUCUGACUGUAAAGGUCUUGAAAUAUAGUUAUUCAAAAAUGAGUAUAGCGAUGAACUCAAAAAUAUAGAGUAUAUAUUUACAGUACAGUACAUAACUGGAGGAACCAAGAUUGUUAUUCCUCGAGGACUAAGCUAGCCAGCACUGGCUCCGUAGCCUAACUGGGUUCAGAGGAUUUCAAAUGCAUUUGUGUGCUACAGUCUGUCAGUCUACAGUUACUGCAAUCGUUGCCUGUGUAUUUGUUAAAACCAGUGUGUCUCCUCCUAACCACUUUACAGACUUGCCUUACCUCCAAGGUGAAAUGUCCUGAGCCUGACCUGAGGUUGUUUGUGUGUGUUUUGUUUCUUUGUUUCUUUGUUUCUUUGUUUAUCACUGGUCAACGGUCACGGGAGUUCACAGAGGGUCUCUCUGAGAAAAACAGGCUGAUCAUCCAGCUAAGUUGAUUUGUGUGAUAACAUGUUUAAGCAUUUUUUUUUUCAGAGAGAAGCUCUGUUGGGACUGUAAUACAAAACAUGUGCUCUGGAAAAAGACAACCUAAAAUCGUUAAAAUGUGCAUAUUAGCAAGGUGCUAUUUGAAAACGGACCCAUCAACUGAUAAUCAGUUAAAAAAUAAAAAAAAUCCGUCCCUCACAAUUCUUUGGAAAAUAAUAGACUGGUUUGCACUGCUUUGAUGAAACACUACACCUGAGAGUUGCAUUUUACAGACAGACAUAGAAGGAAAGCUGAAGUGAAUCCAGAUUUUACACCAGACUAUUUUUCCAGAGUACAUCUGAUGUGAAACCUGCUGCCAGGUGCAAGCUACCCUACCUCUCAAAACAAUGGAUGUCCAUGAAAUGUAUUUUAUUGUAUUGUAUUGUAUUGUAUUGUAUUGUCAACUAUUUAUGUUUGAACAUAUUUAUUCUGUAAUUAUAUGUAGAUAUAUUCAAUGUUCACAGUGAUACGACUACUACUAAUAGGCUCUUGUGUGAUACAGGAACUGCAUUACUGUAUAUUGUGUAGUUUGUUGUUGUUAUUAUUGUUGUUGUGUUUUAAACAAGUAACCUGCAAUGGAAUUGUACAUGGUGCUCUUUACCUUAACUACUGAAAUUACCUCACAUCUAGAGGGAAGGUACUCACAUGGGAUUGGGAAUUCAGCUGUAGCAGAGCCAACAGAGGGGUUUUUUUACUGACUGGGUUUGACAUUUGGACUCUUCAUAAUUACAGGCCUGCUUUAUGUCGUGGAUGCUUUCCCGUGCACGUAAGACUCCUCCCCCAUACAUCAGCCACAAGGUUGCCAGAUUCAAUGAGAACCGCACUCCAUGGGUAGGCAAAAAAAAAGACAAGCGAGGGAGAGAGAGGAAGGCGGGAGGGAGGGGGUUAGGCAAUCUUUGCUUGAAGGUGCUGAAAAGCAUUGGGGUGGAUUGAGUUUCAACCUUUGUAAAGGGCGAAUCCACAUAAUGAAAACCACCCCCUACCCGCCAAACCACCGCACUCCCUGAGAAAUGCAGAACGCCUGUGCAUGGCUAGCGAGCAUGACAACAGAAAAAAGGCAUUAGUCUUUUCUUACUGAAUGUCCAAGGUUUGUGCAAGCAGAAUAUUAUUCUACAGCCUCAGACAAUCAACAUUACAGUGACUGCACUAAUCUUCAUCCAGCCAAUCCAUUGUGCUUUUGAGAGCACAUUAACUACUGAAAAUAUAAAACGAAACAUUUUGGCAGCACUACCUGGCUAAUAUAUGGGAAUUAUGCUUUAUCCAAAGUAUUGUAGUUUGCAGAAUAUAGGGUGCUUAUACAAGGAACUUGUAGAAACCGACCUGUUGAAACUCGCUGAGCAGCUAGAAACAUUUUGUCUAUCAUUAUAUUUUUGAUAGGCAAUUGAUCUAUAAGGUCUGUAUCAGAAAUGAAAAGAUUACUUGAUGCACUAUGUGCCAUAAAAUGUGUAGAAACUUUAAACAGUUUUUUUUUCCAUUAACAAAAGAUUUUGUAACUUUUGUGAAAAGUUUUUUUGUGUUUUGUUUUUUUUCUAUAUCCAUACUUGAAGUGCAAACAGUAUGUUUAAUCUAAAGAGGGCAUUGUGGCGGAAUGAUUAAAAGUGCAUGUUUGCCACAUAUAAUCCAAAGAUGACUAGAGAAUCUUAUUUACGUUUAUGUACAGUGUGUAGUCUUGAUUAAAUCAUUAUGGUGCUAUGGAUGAAAAAGAAUGAGAACAUGAACAUGUUUUAUAGGUCUUGCUGCUGUACUAACACUGAUUAUGGAAUAAGUAACAAUAAAAUAUUUUAGAGCUUU